GAGCGGAUGCCGCCACCAGCGUCCCAAAGAGCAGGACGAGGAGGGCGCGCCGGUGGUGAUGUCGGUGGUGCGCAAGUUCACGUACGACACGGACGACGGUCAGGAGGUACGCCGCUCGCAGUCGUCCGUGCUGGUGCACGACGGCGACAAGAUGCGCGUCAUCGAGGGCCCGGCCCAGGUCAUCAUCUCCAGACACGGCGAGGGCGGUGACUCGCCCAGCCCGUUCCCGCGCGCCCUGGACGACAUGGUGCAGCGGAUGCGCGAGACAAUGCAGCGCAUGAUGCUGCGCAUGCGCGGCGCGGAGGAGCCGGAGCUGGAUCACCAGGCCGCCGAGAACCGCCAGGCGGUGCGCGUCGAGGUGUCACCGGGCCUGCGUGCGGCGCCCAGCGGCUGGCGUCGCGUCUGGCGCUGCACGCCCCACUACGUGAUGCUGGCCGUGCUGCUGCUGGGCACGGCGCUGGUGCUGUACACCUGUUACUGCCUGGUGUGCGUGGUGCGCCGCCGCCGCCGCCGCCAGCAGGACGCCCUCAUCCAGCACGAGGAGAUCGCCGAGGACCUGCCUCCCAAGUACUCCUUGGUGGGCGAGCACGCGGAGGAUGCCAAGUCCGCCAAUGUCAAGGACCUGCCGCCGGCCUACAAUGCCAUUGUGGCCGACGGCGAGUUGCCUCCCAAGCUGGACGUGUAGACGUCUUUCGCUGGCAGCGUAGUGGACCGACAUCUAGCGGUUGUGAACGGCACCAACAGUUACUAGUCCUCUGGAGGUUCUGAGGACAGCACUUUAGUGUUGGAAGCGUGUUACGUCACCCUCUCCACUUGCUUAGUCAAAUUUUGCUGUGCUCUGAUGGCGAUGCUUUAAAUUAGCAGGUGCUGCUUUGUGAUCAAUAAGAAACGGUACAUGGUACACGGUGUAUGGGGUUGUGCAUACGGGCUAUAUCUGGUGUGUUGUGGAGUUGUGAGCAUUCCACCAAAUAGUGGUCGGUAUUUUUAUAUGUUGAGCCCAUGAUCUUUGCAGCCUUUGAGUUCGUUCGUUCGAUGUGGUUAAACCCAGACCUUGUGGAUUAGUUGUCAUUAAGUGCAUUUUUUUAUUGCCGGUACGCAAAGUUUCGGUGUUUGCUGGCGAUCGGCAAGCUGGCUUGAUUUC